UUAAAAAUUUAAAAUGGAAAUUGAAGACGAACAAAAAGAGAAUAAGCCAAUUAAUGCUAAAGCAUUUAAAGACUUAGUCCGAGCACUUGACUCAGAGGCAUCACAUACUUCUUUUGGGAUCCUACCUCUUUCAGUUGAAAAAACUGCGCCAAAUUACAGUUUUCCUCAUGCCAAAAAGGACGAUGGUGAUAAAGUAUUUAUCGAUCAAGAGAUGGCAAAGACGCAAUUCGCUAGCAAGCACUCUCCAGGCCCAGUUUAUGUUUAUGAAGAUGGAACUAAGUUUGAUAAUGCGCCUAAUUUUGGCUUUGGCUCUGGCCCUAAAAUGGAAGUCUCUAAGCCGAGGUAUGACUUCUAUGAAAAUGACAGAUUCAUUGACGAUCCUAUCGAAGCUGAUCACGCUCGGAAGAAGAAAUGCCUUGCUCCAAAAAUAGGCACUGAGCCUCGUAUGCCAGUGUCAUCUUAUUCUAAAACUCCUGGGCCAGAUUAUGAUGUUAAUCAGAAGCCUAACUCUAAGAGUUCUGAGAAAUUUAGCUUCGGAUACAGAAGACUCAAAGGAGAUCAGGAUAGCCUCAUCAAUAAAACCUCUACAACAAAGACUGUUGGUCCAGGAAGGUAUGUACCCGAGGCCUGUCCAAAUCCAAGCCAGAGGCAAGAUUAUCCCAAGUGGACUCUUCCGAAAGCAGGUAGAAACUUCGGAGAUGGCAAGAGACUUUCAAAGCACCAGACCUAUGACACAAGGUCAUCUGUGGGCAAACAAUACUUAUCAAAGAAUAAGUCUGGACCAUCAGCUCAUUUCGGUACAGGUAAUAGAAGCUCAAAGGUUGGCCAGUUCAGAGACUCAAUGACUGGCGCUAUGAAGGUCAGAAUGCCUCACGUGCCCUACUAGAAAGUUUCAUGAUAGCAAUA